CGACAGCCUCGUCGAAUGACCUUUAGUAGUGGCUCGAUUUUACGAAUGUGGGUUGGCGAGGAUCGAGCUCGUGGGCGAACGGGCACGUUGUCGGGACGGGAUCAUAAACGGGGGAAAACGAUGGAAAAAGGUAAAUCAAUACUCUGGUACUCACUGGGACCACGAACGGCGCUCGUCACGAUGGCUACCGUGGCUGUCGACGACAACGAGAAGAAGGAAAACGGGUGCAGUGAAAACUGGUGUGUGGCACCUCUCCUCUCUGAGGACAUCCGGUCCACGUCUUCAGUUAAAAUUACACUCAUGCACGCAUUGAUUAUUAUGCUCUACUGCAUUCUGCUCCUCUUGAUUGCUGUUGCAGCGCGGGCAAACAUUUAUUUGCCCUUAAUGAAGGAAGACGAUUUAUGGACCGACAACUUUUUGCGAGAAUUGAUCGAUCAGGUGGGAAAUGAAUUCGUGAGUGUAUCCGAUUCGUAUAUGGAUUAUCAGGAUGAAAAAGCAAAGGAAUUGCCUAUGGAAUUGCCGGCCGAUUAUGAUAGUAUGGACACGCUGAACCCGAAUCCGAGUAUACGAGAUCAAGAGUAUUUGCAGCAUAGUACACUUUGGAGUCACCAACGAUACGAUAAUAAUAAAAAUAACAACAAGGGCUACGACAGACAUAGGAUCCAGUCUAAUCUGAAAGGAUUCAAAGACGAAAAGACGGAAAGUCCCUUGCCGGCUUACUGUACUCCUCCGAAUCCUUGUCCGGUUGGAUACACAAGUGAAAACAAUUGUCUUACCAAUUUUGAAAAUACGGCGGCGUUUAGUCGCGACUAUCAAAGCGCGCAAGAUUGUAUGUGCGACACGGAACAUAUGUUAGAAUGUACAAACGAUUCUGGAAAUAGUAACAGUUUGUCAAACAUGCACAUUUCAAAUUCCGACCUCAAUCAAAUUGUCGAACAGUUUCAGGAAGAAAAUCCGUUCUUUCAAGGAGAAAAAUUGCCUAUAGCUGCAAAAAAAGGCAUACAUGUGAUCGAGUAAAACAGCAGAAACAACUUGAAAGGAAAUUUGGAAACGGCCGUGAAAGCAUAAUACAACCUUCAUUGAUUAAAGUUCCAGAUUUCAACAAAAGAAAACUCUUAUUCAGAUAUCGAUUAUUAGAUGCAUAAUUAGGCAUCGCCUAAUAAUAAUAAUAAUAAUAAUAAUAAUAAUAAUAAUAAUAAAUGAAACACACGCAUUUACGCAGCGUUAAAGCGUCAAACAUUGAGAAACGUUGUAACGUCUCCAAGUCUAAUGAUGCACGGACAAAGUUCUUAAAUGGACCAUAGCUGUUUUUUCAGCGGUUUUCACAUGUUAAAAUAUUUUUUUCUUUCACGAAAUCAUUAAUAGAGAUCUUACUAGAUACAUGUAAUUAUAUACGUGUACAUUUUAACAUUAUAAAGUUGCGACUAUUUCAGUUUAUAGAACAAUUUUCGAACAUAUUCAUAUUUUUUCAAUCUGCAGAAAUGCAUAGUGUUUCUUAAAGUUUGCAAAAUUCUUAUAUAUUUCGCAAUAUUCAUAAAACAUUUUCAGUAGGCCUAUUCUGUAACUCUUAAUGACAGUGUCAAUAUCGUUACAUUGUCGUUGCGCACAUAUUAUAUAUAACAAAAAAGCUGCGCAUUAUAACAAUACCGAACUGUCGUUAAGAGUUACAGAAUAAGCCUGCUGUAUUCAAUAGCGACAGAAUACUCCAUUAAACUUUACAUAUCCAGAUAUAUGUAUAUUUAAAUUUUUCAUAAAGUUAAAGAGAAAUCUAUCAUAGGUGUCGUCUUUGAUGUACAUUUAAAAUAAUUCUAAUAUAGUAAAAUAUUAUAUAAAUUAUAUACAUUAGAUACAUAUAUAAUUAUGUUUGUCAAUUAUAUUUUAUUUCAAUAUAUAGUAUAUCGAAAAAUAUUUAUUUUCAUUAUACAAAAUCUCUGAAAUAUAAACUUCAACAAAAA